CAAUCUAUGCCAGAAGCUUCACUUGAAGUUACUACGCGCUACCACAGUGACCUGGAGAGAGACAAGCUGCGCUUGCAAAAGGAGUUGGAAAAAAAGGUGAAAACUAAGACGCAGAAGCAGAACAUGCUGGCUCUGACAUCCAAGGACUUGCACAGCACGUGGGAGGAGCACUUGAAGUCAAGAUCCCACCUUGAAGAGCGCGUUGCUCAGCUGGACGAGGAGAAGGCUGAACUGUUGCAACAGAGGGAAAAUGGAAGUACAAAGUCAAAACAGCUGCCAGCUCUCCUCUGGUGUGGCUGAGAAAACACCAAGAGGAGGAAAACCAGCAUGUGGCUAAGUAAAUGGCCACACAGAAGAGGUGGAGGUAAUGGCCGAGGGGAAUAAAAUGUUGAAGAACUCCAAAAGAUCAGAUUCCUCCACAAGCCCCUGCCUGCUGGUUGCUGGAAGAUCCCAUGAAAGCUUUGGAUGGAUCCAUGUUCUCCCAUGAAGUGCAUACCUACGUAAUCCCUACUAUGAGCAGAGGCACUGCCAAAAGUGUUCUCCAGCAUCUUUUCCACCUGUUAUGUCUAGAAGAGGAUGGCCUUUGCUUCAGCGAGGGCAUCUGUUUCUGUAGUUACGUAUUGGUCUGUUUGAUGUGAAACCUGAAGGGAUGGAAUAUCCUCAGGAAUU